UUUCUCCUGUGCAUUUUGGGGAAGAGUGUGUGUGACUGUCUUUGUGACCUACCGUGGAGAGAGGGAGAGACUACCUGAGGAUGAAGCUGGUGUUUGUUGCUACGUUUGCUCUCUUUGCUCUCAGCUCUGUGAAUAGAGUGGAUUCUUCAGCCUACGACAAGAUAGUGACACACAGCCGCAUCCGGGCCAGAAUCCAGGGACCCAAUGUGUGUGCCCUACAGCAGGUGAUGGGCACUAAGAAGAAGUACUUCAGUACGUGUAGGAACUGGUACAAGGGCUCCAUCUGUGGGAAGAAGGCGGUGGUUCUGUAUGAGUGUUGUCCUGGCUACAUGAAGCUGGAAGGCAUGAAAGGAUGCCCUGCAGUGGCUCCUAUAGACCAUGUGUAUGGCACAUUGGGCCUGGUGAAGGCUAGUACCACACAGGAGUAUUCUGACCUUUCUAAGCUGAGGGAGGAGAUCGAAGGGAAGGGAUCAUUCACCAUGUUCACCCCUAGCAACGAAGCCUGGGAUCUGCUGGAACCUGAGGUGCGUAGUGCCUUGGUGAGCAAUGUGAACGUCGAGCUGUACAACGCCCUGCACUACCACAUGGUCAACCGGCGCAUGCUAACGAAAGAUCUGAAGAACGACAAGUAUAUCACCUCCAUGUACAACAACAUGGGACUCUACAUCAAUCACUACUCCAAUGGGAUCGUCACAGUGAACUGUGCCAGGAUUAUCCAUGGUAACCAGGUGGCGACCAAUGGGGUGGUCCAUGUCAUCGACCGUGUCAUCACCGCCGUGGGCAACACUAUCAAGGAUAUCCUGGAAGUCAACGAAGACCUCUCCUCCUUCAGCGCUGUAGCCUCGGCCUCAGGUGUGAUGGAUAAAAUGGGCCAGCCAGGUCACUUCACCCUGUUUGCUCCCACCAACGAGGCCAUGGAGAACCUCGGGGCCAGCUUCCUGGAACGCAUCAUGGGAGACAAGGAAGUCAUCGGAGCCCUGGUGAACUACCACCUGUUAAACAGUGUGCAGUGCUCUGAGGCCAUCAUGGCUGGGUCUGUGUACGAGACAGUGGAGGGCAGCACCAUUGAGAUCGGCUGUGACGGAGACAGCCUGACGGUCAACGGGAUCAAGAUGGUCCUGAAAAAAGACAUUGUCACCUCCAACGGAGUCAUCCACCUCAUCGACAAGGUCCUCAUACCUGACUCAGCCAAGGAGGUGAUGGAGCUGGUUGGUGAAUCCCAGAGCACCUUCAGUGACAUGGUGUCAGAGCUCGGCCUAUCAGCUGCCAUGAAGCCAGAGACAGAGUACACGCUAUUGGCUCCCCUCAACCCUGCAUUCUCCGAUGAGGUCAUGUCUAUAGACCAGAGUAUGCUCAAGGUGAUCCUAGAGAACCACAUCCUGAAGUUAAAACAUACGCUGAGUGAACUCUACAAUGGACAACUGCUAGAAACCAUCUCCGGAAAGCUAUUGCGUGUCUUCAUCUACCGCACAGCUGUGUGUAUAGAGAAUGCCUGCAUGGUGCGAGGCAGUAAAGAGGGCAGCAACGGAGCUCUUCAUCUGAUGAGUUCUCUCAUCAAACCAGCUCAGACCACCAUCUACCAACUUCUCAUGUCAGAUGGACGCUUUAAUAUCUUCCUGUCUCUGAUGGAGAGUGCAGGUCUGACAGAGCUGUUGAAACAGGAGGGAUCGUACACCGUGUUCGCCCCGACAGACGAAGCCUUCGACGGUCUCACAGAGCAGGACAUCACCAUGCUCACCAGCGACGUGAACAUCCUGAGGACCAUUCUGCUGUACCACUUCAGUAACGGCGUCUUCAUCAACGGGGGACUGGAGGGAGGGGUCACCAACCUGCUCAAGACCAUCCAGGGACACAACCUGCAAGUGCUGUCUGUGAACAGCUCCAUCAACGUCAACUCGGUGGACGUGCCAGAUAUUGACCUGAUGGCCACCAACGGAGUGAUCCACGUUGUGAAGAACAUUCUUUACCCCGGGGACCUGCCUGUGGGUCGCGAGGACCUGCUGGUGUUGCUGAAAAGACUCAUCAAGUACAUCCAGAUCAAGUAUGUCUCUGGAUUCUCCUACACCGAAAUCCCCCUCACCUUCAUCAAGAGGACAGUCACCACGACAACAACCCACAUCAGAGUAGAAUCAGUGCCUGAAAUCACAACAAUGACCAGAGUGAUUAAAGGAGAGCCAACUGUCACCAAGGUAACAAGGGUCAUAGACGGCGAACCCACUAUCACCAAGGUUACCAGGGUCAUCGAGGGCGAACCCAUUAUCACCAAGGUUACUAGAGUCGUUGAGGGCGAGCCAACCUUCACCAAGGUGACAAGGGUCAUCGAAACGGAACCCAGUUUAACCAAGGUGGUCAUCGAGGGUGAGCCCACAUUCACUACAGUGACCAGGGUGAUCGAGGGAGAACCAAGCAUCACAAAGGUCACCAGAGUUAUUGAGACUCACAGUGGUUCCUCAGAUGGAGGGCUGGAGACUGACGGAGACAUUAAGAGGAUACUGGAAGAAGAGGUGUCUAAGGUAAAGAAGUUUCUGGAGAGUGAGGUUCAUAUUCUCCAGGAGGAAGAGAUCAAGAAACUCAUAGAGGGAGGUGCAACCGGAUACACAACGGUCACCAAGUUCAUCGAGCCUCAGGUCAUUGAGGGCCCAGAUUUCGCUAAGAUCACCACCAUCCACGGCAACCCGGAAAUGAUUGCCCAAGAGUCAGAGAGGAUCACCAAACUAAUCCAAGAUGGAGGCAGUAAGGGUGCCCCAGAUGGAGGCAGUAAGGGUGCCCCGGCCAAAAGAUCUCCAGCUGGUGUUAGGAGGAGGAAGGCAAGGCUGGUGAGACGCCACAACAACCAAAACCCACGUCCGGCCCUGACCCGUCCAAACCAGCUAAGACCAGUCCAGACCAGUCCAAGCCAGUAAGGACCAGUCCAGACCAGUCCAAACCAGUAAGGACCAGUCCAGACCAGUCCAAACCAGUCCAGACCAGUCCAGACCAGUCCAAACCAGUCCAAACCAGGCCAGACCAGUCCAAACCAGUAAGGACCAGUCCAGACCAGUCCAAACCAGUAAGGACCAGUCCAGACCAGUCCAAACCAGUAAGGACCAGUCCAGACCAGUCCAAACCAGUAAGGACCAGUCCAGACCAGUCCAAACCAGUAAGGACCAGUCCAGACCAGUCCAAACCAGUAAGGACCAGUCCAGACCAGUCCAAACCAGUAAGGACCAGUCCAGACCAGUCCAAACCACACCAGCCCUGCAGGAAUCCAUUUCCAGAUCAUUAUAGAGGCACAGGAAGGAAGAGAACAACACAACAACACCUUGAUGGGAAAAGAGAAAGUAUGAAAAUUUCUCUGUUUGAAAGAUGAUACGUUUUUUCAACCAUUUUGUUCUCUGGUCAGAGGUGAAUAAUGAACUUAACCUACAGUAGAGUGAAACAACUGGACCAAUGGUGUCGGACAUGAUGUGUCUUAACAAUGCUAAGACAAUCGGUUUUCUUACAUGAUAUAUUUUAACAAUGCUAAGACAAUCGGUUUUCUUACAUGAUAUAUUUUAACAAUGCUAAGACAAUCGGUUUUCUUACAUGAUAUAUUUUAACAACGCUAAGACAAUCGGUUUUCCUACAUGAUGUAUUUUAACAACGCUAAGACAAUCGGUUUUCCUACAUGAUGUAUUUUAACAAUGCUAAGACAAUCGGUUUUCUUACAUGAUAUAUUUUAACAACGCUAAGACAAUCGGUUUUCCUACAUGAUGUAUUUUAACAACGCUAAGACAAUCGGUUUUCCUACAUGAUGUAUUUUAACAACGCUAAGACAAUCGGUUUUCCUACACGAUGUAUUUUAACAACGCUAAGACAAUCGGUUUUCCUACAUGAUGUAUUUUAACAACGCUAAGACAAUCGGUUUUCCUACAUGAUGUAUUUUAACAAUGCUAAGACAAUCGGUUUUCUUACUUGUAAGUAAUAUAUGUAUGCAAGGACAUGUACUUUUAAGAACUUUUAUAAACUUUUACUGUGGUGCAGAUGAGGUAGAAGGUUUGAAAUAAUAUUUCUACAACGGAAAGAUGAUGUUUGUUGUUUUUUUUGCUCAGUUUAGUUUAAAUGAUGGCUUGAUCUGGAAGACAUUUUGUAUGUUUUAUAAUGGUGCUGGCAUUCUGUAUUACGGAUUAAUCUUGACCAAUAGGAAUGAAGCAUUGUGUAUUAUGGAUGCAUCUCAACCAAUAGGAACUAAGCAUACUAUUACAAAUGCAUCUCAACCAAUAGGAACUAAGCAAUACUAAUGCUGUACGUUAUCUAAACUUAACAAACAACCAAACAGAAUCCUGUUUCGAUAGUUUAAUUCCGUAUCUGAAUGGACUAUUUUCUGAUUUCCUGUUUUGAUUGGUUUGUGUUGAUCUUUUAGCUUCCUGCUGUUAGAACUGUUGAUGUUCAGUUGUACCAUUAUGCCUUUGCAAUCUAUGCACCUUCUUACCUCUGUGUUGUUUUGGAAAUACAUGUUCAAUAAAAGUUACAGUUGAAUGUGAA